AUGGCAUUCUUGUUUAAACGGUCUUCUAAAGAUAAUUCGAAGGAUAAUAUGCCAGAUCAACUGCAACAAAGUGGUUCUAGUAAAGAUUCUGCCGAUUCUUCAUCAUCAAAACCACCAUCUACCCAAAAUAGUCCUUCAAAAGGAGGUCAAACAAGCCAAAUUUCAACCCCUGCUGCUGCUUCUUCUUCUGCUGCUGCUGCUUCUACUACUGCUGUUCCUGCUGCAGCCGCUCCUUCUGCUAAUCAAGCAGCUCCAAAGUCAACCCAGUCAAGUCCUAAACAGACUAGUGACGCCCAACCACCAAUUGCUAAUGCUCCACCUAUGGGUAGUUUCAAAACACCACAACUGUCAACUAAUAGACAGAACGAACUGAAUAUGAGACAAUCCACCACCCAAGAUCAAUCUCAUCCUCCAGUUAUCGGUCCAAGUGUUCCAUUGGCUCAAUCAAGUCCAAUCAAAAAUCCUACAACAUUACCACCAGCAAUUCCAACCGCUACUCAUACAAGUCCACCAGUUUCAGGUAAUCAAACACCUCUGGCUCCACCACCAAUGUCAGCCUUCACUCCAUCAGCUGCAUUCCAAGCCAAUUCACCAAAUUAUGAAUUGGAGCAAUUACACCCAAUUCAAAAACUUCAACGUCUUCAUCAAAUGAAUAGAAACGCUUCACCAACAUCAUCAUCAGCUUCAUCCUCACCACCUGUGAGAAAACCAGCUGCUCCAAAACCGCCAAAGCAACCACGUGCAAAUCCAACAACAACUAAAGCUCGAGAUGAAAGUGGUGAAUUUAAACCAAGAAUGAGAGUAGUUAAGGCUUGUGAUCGUUGCCGUACUCAUAAAAUCAAAUGUUCUGGUGAACAACCAUGUGCUACAUGUUCAAGACAAAGUAAAGAAUGUAUUUUCAGUGUUCGACCACCUGUUCAGAAAAGAGUUGCUAAAAAAGCCGACGGAGGCCCUGAAUUGAAAAGACCCAAAGUUAUUGAACCAUUUGGAUUACCUGUUGUUGAGAAAUCUGACUCCGGUCAGUACGUUAAACAUUUGGAGAAUAGAGUUCAAUAUUUGGAAAGUUUGUUAGCUAGAGAUUCAGUUAACACUUUUAAGGCUCCUGAUACUGCUGAACCAGAAUCUCAAUACAUUGAAGAUACAUUAUAUACAACUAGUUCAAAAUGGAGAUUCUCGAGACGUCAUCAGAAUCUUUUAAUUGUUGAAUUGUGUAAAUCAAUGUAUUCCAAUUUAUCUGAAGAACUGCGUGAAUUGGUUACUUUACCAAGAACCCAAUAUUUUGGAUGGAAUCUUAGUGGUGUUAAUUAUGUUGGUAGUGAAGAGUUGCCACCUUUGCCUGAAUUAAAUGGUGAAAAUGUGAAUGAUGAUGUAUUGAUAAAGUAUUUCUUUAAAGAAAUCAAUCCAUUGUUUGGUAUUCUUCAUGAGGUUGUUUUCAAAGAACAAUUGGCAGCGUACGAUAAAUUACUUAGAGAAGAUAUCAUGUCCCUGAGUAAAGAUGAAAGGGAUUCUAAAGCAAACCAAACUCGUUUGUUUAGUGCUAUUUUGUAUCUUAUCUUUGCCUUGGCUAUUCGUUUCAGUGAAAUUCUGAAACCAAAGAAUGUUGAUAUCAGUUUGUUGAAAUUAGAAGAAAGAUUAUUCAAAUAUGGAUAUAAAGUUGUUUCAAUUUUAAGUUUUGAAUGGGAAUCAUUUGAAUUGAUUCAAGCUUGGUUGUUGAUUACAUUAUAUUUGCGUGUAACUCAUAGACAAACAUCCUGUUCUCAUGCUCUUGGUGAAGCAGUUACUAUGACCAAAUCUAUGGGUCUUGGUUAUUUUGAUGAAAAUCCAAAAAUCUUCAAUUCAACACCAUAUGAAAAAUUAAAAGCCAAAAGACUCUUCUGGGCAGUAUUUUCAUUUGAUAGAAUCUUUGGUUUACAACUUGGUAGAUAUUCUGGAAUCAGAGAACAGGACUUCACGGUAGCUUACCCAAGUAUGGAUUUUAAUUUAGAAUCUACUAAUGAUUCGUGGUUGACUAUUGAGUCAUUGGCUAUGAUUCAUAUAGCAAGAAUUGCUAAUUUCGUCCAUACACUUCCAAAUGAUAAUCCUCAUUAUGUUAAAUAUCAACAAGUGAACACAGAAUUAGUUAAUUUAAAUAAUUGGAUGAAGAAUAAUGGUUUCAGAAAUGAUUUGUUAUUCAAUAAGAACAAGAAAGAUUCUAGUUCUCUAAUUAGAGCACAGGUCAAGUUGCAUUAUUAUGACUUGGUGUUGUGUAUUCAUAGCAAGGUCUUGUUUAAUUAUGUUGGAAGACGAAUUGCUAGUCAUGGAUUAAAAGUUGAGAUGGUUGUUGAUGCAUGUAAUGGUAUUGUUGAAGUUUUAGAUAAGACCAACAAAGCUGGUUUAUUAUAUACACCAUGGUAUUCUGUUCUAAUGUUAUUGUUCAAUAUUGGUGUUAAUGCUAUCACAUUGAUCAAUGCUGGAGUGAUGAUCAAUCAAGCCAGAGAUAUUUUGAAGAAUUCAAUUAGAUUAUUGACUAUUAUUAGGAAAUCUCCUAUUAGAGAUGAUCAAAAUAAAUUGAUAUUCAGAGAAAGAUUCAAGAUGGUUAGAGAAUGUAUGUGGGCAUUAAAGAUGGCAAAUAGAAUGUUGACAUUGAGAUUAAAAGAAGAUAUUGGUGUUUUGAAUGGUAUUGGUGUUGAUCAUGGAUCAUCCGAUGUUAACAAACAACAUUUUACACAAUUGGGUACUGCUAUUGAUGAUGGUGAUGAUUACAAUGUUGGUGGUAGUAAUGGUCUGCCAUCAUCUCAAUCAAAUCAAUUUAAUGAAGUUUUUGAAAGUCAAAUACGUCGUCCAACUGAUAAUAGACAUGGUCAUGAUUCUGGUGUAAUUGACUCACCAGCAAGUCAAUCAUCAGAUCCAUUGCCCUUGAAUUCUGGUGAACCAGUUGAUGUUUACAGUUCUGCUGAAAUUGAUAAUUUGUUGAGUAAUCUUCAAUGGUUUGAUCAAUGGACUGAUUUUAAUUUGGAUUUUUAA